AAGCCAUUGAUGCACUUGUCCUGAUUUCUUUUUAAAAUUAUGACAAGACGGAACCAUCUCUCUUCAUUCUUCUUCAUUCAGUUUCUUGGGAUAUAUCAUUCCUGGUUUCGGUUCAUUUGUUUCACUUCAAAUGAGCUGUGCCAAGGUUUAUUCAACCUUGACUUACCCUUGUGGAAGCGCGGUGCACGCGUCGGUAAUGCAUUUAGAUGGAGAGUUCAGGGCGGUGGCCGCGGUUGAAUGAGUGAUGGGGAGCCUUUUAAAGGUCUAGUGGGCGGUGCGUGUACUCUAUUUACACCAGGCCCGCUCCGCCCUACACGCUGAACAUUGAAAACUGAUGGUGGGCCGCUGGAGGAGGCGAGACAAGUGCAAACGGAGAUGUAAGCAAGAUCGUUCGGCUCCACUCCCUCCCCCGGCUCGAUUGUAGCAUCCUCUGCUCUUCCUCCUCAUUUCGGCGUAACUAAAACGGGGUUCGGUUAAAGUGUUUCCCCCUCCUUUUGGGAGCUCCAUGGCUGCGACACUAGCGAUGAGCGGAGGCGGCGGCGGGCACGAGGAGCCCUUCUACCCGUUGCACAAGGCGUCCUUGUCCGUAGGAUUCCACCUGGAAGACUUCGGCUUGGAGUGUAAGAUGAGCGACGCGGACAGAGGCGGACACAGCGUCUUCUCCCAGGCAAAGUGCGAGAUGGACCGCUAUCUCUCUCCACAGCCGCUUCAAGACACACAAAAGUCCCAAAGAAACGGUGCCACAGGGGUAGAUCCCUUCUUUGAGGAGGACCAUACCGCGGCUCCCUAUACCCUCAAUAUGAAUCUCUUCCUUCCCGACGUGGCUUACACGAGAUCUGGCUUGGCCCAGCCGCAGCGGCCCCCUCAGGCCCACGGGGACCUCGUCCAGGUCAAGACUGAAUCGGCGGCGCCGUGCUUCUCGCAGAACCCCCACGUGCCCACGAGUAGCUGUGGUGCCAUGGAAACCUCAGGCGUCAACAUGGCAGGGUUACCUGACUUCACCAGCGCUUUCAAUCAACCUGGUGGUGAGUCCCUGCCAGAGGUGUUCAUCAAACAAGAGAUGACAUCGCCUUUUGAGGAGCAGCUCCAUCAGCAUGAUGGGGGCGCCUCACUCUUCCAGCUCUUGAUCUCUGGUUUGGAGCAUCACCAUGGCAAUGGCAUAGAAGCUCACCAUCAACGUGACCCUCAGCAGCAGAACCUUUCGCAUUCCUCAGCCGUCCACACGCCCUUCCGUACCACCCAACAAGAUCAGACUGCUAAGUCUUCCUUCUGCAGCAGGGCUCCUUACCCCCACGCCCACUUCUUCCAACAGCAGCAGGCACCCUACCUGCCGCCCUCGCCGCCCAGCUCCGAGCCAGGAAGCCCCGACAGGCAGAAAGAGCUUCUCCAUACCAUGUCGCCACCGCCCUCGUACGCGGCGACUAUUGCCUCCAAGCUGGCGGGCAGCCCACCCGGUCUUGUGCCCGACACACUGGCGCUGCCGCUCGCGUCACGCGUCGCUGCUACGGUAUCGGGUCAAGCGACACCGCUGCCCCAUGCACCCGCAGCCACGCAGGCCCUGACCACCGCCCGCUACAACCGCAGGAACAACCCUGACUUGGAGAAGCGACGAAUCCACCACUGUGAUUAUCCAGGCUGCAAGAAGGUCUAUACCAAAUCGUCCCAUCUGAAAGCCCACCUCAGGACCCACACGGGUGAGAAGCCUUACAGGUGCACGUGGGACAGCUGCGAUUGGCGUUUUGCCCGCUCUGACGAGCUGACCCGCCAUUACCGAAAACACACGGGCGCCAAACCCUUCCAGUGCGCUGUGUGCUCGCGUUCAUUCUCCCGCUCAGACCACCUGGCCCUGCACAUGAAGAGGCACCAGAACUAACUAACACUUCACCACAUGGAACGCACUCGCUCAUGCCAUUUUGGUUUGUUCAUUUUUAAAGAAAAAAAAUUCCUACCACCACUGAUGGGGAGGGAAGUGUUGCUUCUCCUACUGGUGGAGCAGGAACAACUGGACUAAGUACAGACUGGGAAUAAACUUUGCAGUCAUUUCAAUGACUGGAAUGAUGGCACUUAAUCCGGUCCGUGAAACUCAUUCGCACGUUUCUAAGGUACGGGGUGCGAAUCUGGCUCUGUUCAACCUGUGGAGUUUGCAUGUUCUCCCCAUGCAGUUUUAUACCCCUCUGGAUUCAUCCCACAUUCCAAAAACAUGCCCAUUACAUUCAUUGAAGACUCUAAAUUGCCCAUAAGUGUGAAUGGAUGCUUAUCUUCACAACGGGUGAAAUUUCAGGAUGUCUAAAAUGCACUAUAAUCUUGUAAUGUAUAGUAAUCAGUCCCUAUGAUUGGCUGGUGACACAUCUAGGGCGUGUCCCUCUUCAAGCUUAAAAGUCAGCCAAGAUUGGCUCAAGCUCAACCGCAACCCUAAUGAGGAUACGCGGUAUAAAAAAGAAAAUGAACUGAUGAAUGUGCGAAACCAGCCAAGCAAAUUGUAUUUCGUUACUUCCUGAAACCGGAAUAUCCAGAUUGUCCUUCUUUGUUCCUUUGUUGUUUUAACCAAAUCUUUCAGUUUGCACUAUGAAUUGGUAACACAGAAAAACGAGUGAGUAAAAACUACACCGUUGGAAGAUCAAUGCGUGUAAGGAAGGGGGGGGGGGGGCCGAUAAAUGGAAGGAUUUAUUUUUUAAUUUUUUUUUAUUUUUCAGCAAGUGGGAUGUUGCUAAAGAGCAGCAAUUAGCUGAUCAAUUAUUCAUUUUGUCUUUUAGCGAACCAGACACAAACACGAGCAGCUUGAAAAAUACUCUCAUCUCAUCUUGUCCUUAUUACCGUGCAUCUUUCCAGCUCUUUUGGUACGUUUUCAACCAAAGCUUGUCUUCAUCUCCACCUUUAUUAAAAGUGCCUCUAUAUAGUCCGGUUUGUGUUGAAUAAAUGGUAGCAGAGCUGUGAUGCACUGAGACUGUAAAACAACCAUGGUGCUGUUUUAUGUUUGUUUUUAUUGUCACGAUUCCAAAAAAAAGAGAUCAUCCUCUACUGACAUGCAAAUUAAUCUUAAAUGUUGUCUAUCAUGUGUGCGUUCACCCACAGCAGGUAGCAUCCAGAGAAUAGCACUGUAAACGUAAAUAUCACGCUAUUUAUUUGUGUACAAGUGGGGUUAGUGUCACGCCGCCCGUCUUCUUAGGCCCCAGCAAAAAUGCCUUAAUGUAAAUAUAUUUGAUGCACUGUAAAUACAUUUUUUUAGCUUUUUUUUUUGGCGAAAAAACAAAGUGGCCCUGUGUUCAAAAGGCUUUUUUUUUUUUUGUCAAUUUUUG